AUGUGCGUUUACCUUGAGAAUGUCAUAACUGACACUCACCCGUUAUAUCCGGAGCGCGUGCUUGAGCUGAAUGCGAGUGACGAGCGGGGUAUCGAGGUGAUAAGACAGAAAGUAAAGGCUUUCGCCCACUUGGCCGUCUCAAGUGGUGCCAGAUCUGCCGCGAACAACAUACCUCCCUAUAAAUUAGUUAUACUCGAUGAGGCCGAUUCAAUGACAGCUCCAGCCCAAGCUGCCCUCCGGCGUACCAUGGAAACAGAGACCCGAACCACACGGUUCUGCCUUACUUGCAACUACGUAACCCGCAUUAUUGACCCCAUAACGAGCCGAUGUGCCAAGUUCCGUUUUCGUCCACUGGAUAACGAUGUUUCUCGCGCGCGUUUGCGCUACGUAUGCGACGCGGAAGGACUAUUUGUGGAGGAUGACGUUCUGGAUUAUACGUUGUUAUUAUCUGGCGGUGAUCUGCGUCGGGGUAUAACGAUGCUGCAAAGCGCAUAUCAAUUAUAUCAUCCCUCCGAUGGAGUGCGUAUAAGCAAGGAACAUUUGGAUGAAGUGGCUUCUGUCAUUCCUACCCAGUUACUUUUGGAUCUUGUGGAAGUUGCCCGAAAGGGAAGGUUCGACGAGAUGCAGAGCAAGGUCAAGGAUUUGCUUUUCAAAGGUCAUUCGGCACACCAAGUUAUCUUACAGCUUCACAAUUUAGCUAUCCAAUCCAACACUCUUAGUGAUAAACAGAAGGGUCCACUGCUUGAGGAAUUGGCGGUUAGUUUUCCGUUUGUCUAUAUUUUCACGCAUAGCUUUCCUUCCAUGAUACUCUAUUUGCACAAACCCUGUUCUUCACUAUCCGUGGCAAGAUCUAAUAUCGUAUCCAUACUUUGUAUUCUAUUGCGCAAUACUGCGUCCAUAUGCUUUCUACUCGUACACAUGCUUCUUUGAGGUUCCUGAACAGAAAACCUUCUGCUGGAAUUUUCACCUUAUGAUUGCAAAUUACAGCAUCUUUUCACAAGACAUACCGUCAGCUCUAUCACUG